UGACGAUAAUGCGACAUUCGGAAUUCAGGUAUCCUGAUGUAUGAUCAUAUGACGACCCUACCAGAAGAAAUUGCUUUUAUAUGGUGUCGUCCGAAAGCACUGUCUGCGAUGUUAUUUCUGCUCAAUCGCUAUGUCGCUCUCCUCUGCAAUAUUUGCGGCACUUAGUUGUUCGAAAUAUACGCUAUACAGACAACUGGUCAUUUUCGCCCAAGCAAUCAUUGUGUGCCUCAUAAUGACCAUUCGCACUUAUGCUCUCUACGGCUGUAGCAAGCGCCUGCUUACUUGGCUGAUAAUCAUCCUGGUUGCUCUUGCGGGAGGAGCAUCGGUGGGAACGUUUGGGCGUUUUUCAGGUAAUACGAUCAUCUUGCCAGGCAUCGGUUGUUACGAAACAUAUACAGCAGAGACAUCUGUCCGUCUCGGGCUGGCAUGGAUGGCCUUAUUUGUCUUCGAUUCACUCAUUUUCGCCCUCACGGUGCACAGGAUUUGCAAAACUAGAGGUCUGCUGCGGUUGUCUCUGGUCACCAGGAAAAAUGUGAUUGAUACCAUAUUUCACGAUGGUGCGAUGUAUUUCGGAGCGAUGGCACUGUCCAAUAUACCGAACAUCCUGACGUACUACUCUGAUUCAGGUAUGAUGAAUGGUACUCUUGGCGCAUUUACUAGCUGCAUGUCCGUCACCCUCAUCUCUCGACUAAUGCUUAACCUGCACAAAUCUAUCGACACUGGCAUUUUCUCCACCCCUGCCCCGGACGAUGACCCUCUCCUUACUACCAGGGUCAACGGACAGUCUGAAAUGUCCUCUUACCCUUGGUAGAUUGGUAUUGGAUUCUGUUUUUGGAUGUGAAGUGCGGAGAUUCUUGUCGGAACGUUCUUGCAGCCCUUUUCUUCUAUGCAGGUGUGGACGACGCUGCAUACGCGUGCUGAAUGUAAAGUUAAACGUCUAGU